UAGGGGGGCAGGUGUGGAGCCGGGAAGCGGUACACCUGGCACAGUAGAGGCCUUGGCCAGACCCCAAGGACACCCCCUUUCCUCCGGCCCAGCUGCGGUCCUUGGCUCGCUAGGCGAGCUGGAUCCAGGCAGGGGCCAGGGGCGGGGGAGGGGCAAUCAGAGGCUAAGGCUGGAGCUGGCCAAGACAGCCGUGAGCACCCCAAACGGUGCCCGUGUCACCCACAAGAGCCCUUAAGGGGGGAAAAAGCCCCCUGGUCGAGGAACGGGCUUUAUUCUCCCUCUCCCAACUUCAAUUUCCUGCUUUGACCACAUCCCUUUCACAGCCUAAACUACUUCCAACUCACAGCAAUUCUCCUGCCCCAGCUUUUCCAGUGCCCGCAAGACAAGUGGGCUCCACUCUUACAAGGCGAGGGCGCCUGGCUUGCUUUUCAAUGUUGGGGGCGUCUUCUGGCACAGUGCUUCCCCUGGGAGAGGGCCUUCAGGGUCCCAAGGUGGACACACGGCCCCUGGCCGUGACCAGAGCCUCGACCUUUCCGGGGCUGCUCGCCGUGUUCCCUCCAAGGCCCGUAGGCGGCGCGAGGCGGCUAUAAGGGGCGUCUCCGCGCGUCACCUCCCGCCACCAUGCGCGCCCUGCUGCUGCUGCUGCUGCUGCUGCGCCCGGCGCUAGGCUCCGCGCUGCGCCCCCCGCGGCCCCCCGAGGCGAGUGCCAAGCUCUGCGGCCACCACCUGGUGCGCGCGCUGGUGCGCGUGUGCGGCGGCCCGCGCUGGUCCCCCGAGGCCACGCAGCCCGUGGACGCCCGCGACCGGGAGAUGCUGCAGUGGCUGGAGCGGCGGCAGCUCCUGCAUGCACUUGUGGCCGAUGUGGAGCCCACGCUGGACCUCCCUGACCCGGCUCCUCAGCGCCAGCGCCGCAGCGCCGCCACCAAGGCUAUGCACCCCUGCUGUCUCACUGGCUGUACCCAGCAAGACCUGCUGGGCCUGUGUCCCCACUGAGGGCCAGGGGCUGGGCAGCGCA